UCCGACAUCCUCAUGUGCGUGGUGUGCCUCCCCGUGACGGUCAUCUACACGCUCAUGGAUCGCUGGAUCCUGGGUGAGACGCUGUGCAAGGUCACGCCGUUCGUGCAGUGCAUGUCCAUCACGGUCUCCAUCUUCUCGCUGGUCCUCAUCGCAUUGGAGAGGCAUCAACUCAUCAUCCACCCCACCGGCUGGACGCCCGCUGCAGGCCAUUCCUACCUGGCCGUGGCGGUCACCUGGAUGGUGGCCUGCUUAAUUUCCCUACCCUUCCUGUCCUUUAACAUCCUCACUAACGCCCCGUUCCAGAACCUCAGCCUUCCGUUCAACCCAUUCAGCGACCACGUGAUUUGCAUGGAGCUCUGGCCGUCCGAACGCAACCGUUUGGCGUAUACCACCUCGCUUCUGCUUUUCCAAUACUGCCUACCCCUGCUUCUCAUUCUACUCUGCUACUUGCGCAUAUUCCUGCGUUUACGCCGACGGAAAGACAUGGUGGAGCAAGCCACCGAGGCCCGGCAGAGGAAGGCGCGGGGCGCUCAGCGCGUCAACGCCAUGUUGGUCGUAAUCGUGGUCGCUUUUGCUCUCUGCUGGCUGCCGCUCAACGUCUUCAACACCGUCUUUGACUGGUACCACCAGGUGCUUCCUUCUUGCCAGCACGACGUCAUCUUCUCAGCCUGCCACCUCACGGCAAUGGCGUCUACCUGCGUGAACCCGGUGGUGUAUGGCUUCCUCAACACCAACUUCCAGAAGGAGCUGAAGGUGAUGCUUCAACGCUGCCAUUGCGGCUGGGGCGUUCCAGAGACCUACGAGAGCUUCCCACUUUCGACGGUGACCACUGAUGUCACCAAGGUGUCGUCCAUGCAGCGCGGCUCUCUGAUGAGAACGGAACAGUGUGCUCACUGCUAAAGAGACGGCAGGAACGGAGGGAAGAAUGAGGGGAGG